AUGCAAAAUUUCACGGAAAGUCCUGUUGGUGACAAUGAUAUCAAUAUCUUCCCUAGGAUCGCUGCAUCUACCUUAUUUGCUAUACCAACAGAAACAGAAACCACAAAAACCACUCCGACAGUUGCUUUAGAUUGUUGUGACAGAGGUGGACCUGGUAUUAUAAAUAAAUUACCAGGUGCUUUUUAUAGUAUAAGUUAUGAUGCAGUAAGUUUAGAAGAUUGCUGCAGAAAAUGUUCUGCUGAUUCCGCUUGUAUUGGAUGGGGCUAUAACAUUAAAACUAAAUCAUGCUUUGCCGAAUCAAUCAAUGAUCCAGACGCAGAGGAAUUUUGUAAAUAUUCAGCAGAUCACUAUGCAAAUUUUGUUGGGGGAAGACCUGG